GCGUUUCUUUCACCAUAAAAAAAAAAAUCACAAUCGCUGCUAAGUGCUGACACAAUUGUGCACCAAAUGAACUAGACCGAUUGCAUUAUAAAUAACAUGUGAGGGUGGUGCGAAGCACACUGAGUGCAACAAAGUGUUAAUUAACAUGAAAGGAAAUAAUACACUUUUGUUGCCUUUAUUCUACACUCUCUUGCUGUUUCUUGGAGUGUCAGCAGGGAAUGGAAGUAACGAUGACACUAACCGUAAAGAAGUUUAUAUCGUCUAUAUGGGAGCCGCGGAUUCAACAAAUGCUUAUCUUCGGAAUGACCACGUUCAGAUUCUGAAUUCAGUGCUAAAAAGAAAUGAGAAUGCCAUAGUACGGAACUACAAGCAUGGUUUCUCAGGAUUCGCAGCUCGUCUAUCGAAAGAGGAGGCAAACUCAAUUUCUCAGAAACCUGGUGUGGUGUCUGUUUUCCCUGACCCCAUUCUGAAGCUCCACACAACACGUUCCUGGGAUUUCCUCAAAAGCCAAACUCGUGUCAAUAUUGACACCAAACCAAAUACGGAGUCCAGUUCUUCUUCCUCCUCAGACGUCAUUCUUGGCAUCUUAGACACAGGUAUAUGGCCAGAGGCGGCGAGUUUUAGCGACGAGGGUUUUGGUCCUGUUCCAUCCCGGUGGAAAGGCACCUGCAUGACAUCAAAAGACUUCAAUUCCUCUAAUUGUAACAGGAAGCUAAUUGGCGCAAGGUUUUACCCUGACCCUGAUGGGAAGAAUGAUGACAAUGACAAAACGCCAAGGGAUUCGAACGGACAUGGGACCCACGUGGCGUCAACGGCGGUGUGUGUGGCUGUGAGCAACGCAUCGUUCUAUGGUCUAGCCACGGGGACCGCGAAGGGUGGGUCCCCCGAGUCAAGAUUGGCAGUUUACAAAGUGUGUUAUAGGAAUGGGUGUCGUGGAUCAGCCAUCCUGGCGGCGUUUGAUGAUGCCAUUGCCGACGGAGUGGAUGUGUUGUCGCUAUCGCUGGGCGUAUUACCUCUUUCCCGACCAAAGUUGACAUCCGACACGAUUGCUAUUGGAGCAUUCCACGCCGUGCAGCGCGGCAUCUUGGUGGUCUGCGCCGCUGGGAAUGCCGGACCUCUCAAGUACUCAGUUGUAAACGAUGCACCUUGGAUUUUAACCGUUGCAGCUUCCACCAUCGAUCGGGAUCUUCAGUCCAACGUCGUCUUGGGUACUAACCACGUCGUCAAGGGCAGAGCCAUUAAUUUCUCCCCUCUUUCAAAUUCUCCCGAGUAUCCAAUGGUAUAUGGUGAGUCUGCCAAGGCAAAAAGAGCCAACUUAGGUACAGCAAGAAAAUGCCACCCAAAUUCAUUAGAUAGAAAUAAAGUCAAAGGGAAGAUUGUGAUUUGCGAUGGCAAAAAGGAUCCGAAAUAUAUAACUAUGGAAAAAAUUAACAUAGUGAAAGCGGCAGGAGGAAUUGGUCUGGCUCAUAUUACUGAUCAAGAUGGAUCAGUAGCAUUUAAUUAUGUGGACUUCCCGGCAACAGAGAUAAGUUCAAAAGAUGGCGUCGCACUCCUGCAGUAUAUCAAUUCAACCAGCAAUCCAGUGGGAACAAUACUAGCUACAGUUACAGUUCCUGAUUAUAAGCCUGCUCCCGUGGUGGGUUUCUUUUCAUCAAGAGGGCCUUCAACGCUUUCAAGCAAUAUUCUCAAGCCUGAUAUUGCCGCACCGGGAGUGAACAUUCUCGCUGCAUGGAUAGGAGAUGACACAUCAGAGGUUCCAAAAGGAAGAAAGCCCUCACUAUACAACAUAAUCUCAGGAACUUCCAUGGCUACUCCACAUGUUUCAGGGCUUGUAUGCAGUGUGAAAACACAGAACCCCUCUUGGAGUGCCUCUGCAAUCAAAUCUGCCAUCAUGACUUCUGCAAUUCAAAAUGACAACUUGAAGGCUCCCAUAACAACGGAUUCAGGGUCGAUAGCCACACCCUAUGACUAUGGAGCAGGGGAAAUUACAACAUCUAAACCAUUGCAACCAGGGCUAGUUUAUGAAACUAACACCGUUGAUUACUUGAACUAUUUGUGUUACACUGGUCAUAACCUAACCACGGUUAAGGUCAUCUCCGGAACUGUCCCCGAUAAUUUCAAUUGCCCCAAGGAUUCCACCUCUGAUCUCAUAUCCAACAUCAACUACCCUUCCAUAGCAGUAAACUUCACUGGCAAAGCAAACGUGGUCGUGAGCAGAACUGUCACAAACGUUGCCGAAGAAGAUGAAACAGUGUACUCUGCCGUUGUCGAAGCUCCCAAAGGAGUAUUUGUCAAAGUGACUCCAAAUAAACUUCAGUUUACGAAAAGUAGUAAAAAAUUAAGCUACCAAGUUAUUUUCGCACCAAAGGCCUCCUUGAGGAAAGAUUUGUUUGGAUCUAUCACUUGGAGUAACGGCAAAUAUAUAGUUCGAAGUCCAUUUGUAUUAACUAAAUAGUGAAAUUAAAAGUAACAAUGAAUAAAAUGCAAACUAAAUUCUUCAUGGUGUCCA